CUCGUCUCUUCCAGGCCAGCAUCCUCCCGCCUUCUCUUUUUCCAACUUGUGAGUUCGCGCCGUGUCAAAAGUGUUCGGUUUCUGGGUCGACCCUGUUCCGUGGAAUAUCGACGAUUUUCAACCACCUCAACCCGUAGGGUUUUGGAUCUGGACCGAUCGCCGGGAUGUUGAUCAACCUCGCAGACCUGCUGGUACGCUUCCUCAUGGUCAUGGCAGAGCUGAAAUGGGAAAGCCUGGUGCGUUUUUACCUCAGGGAGGAAAUCGCCUCGGUGGACGACGUGAUCGACUCCGAGGCGGCCGACUCCCGUUCGUCGUCGUUCAGUCGGGUCUCCAGGGCUCUGGAGAGGGAUGUCGCUCAGGAACCAUCCUUCGAUCCCGCUUGGAGGAGGAAAUGGGAGAAAUGUUACCACCCGUACGGCUGCUUCUCCACGAAACACCCGUGGACAUCGGCACAAAGACCCUUGGCUCUACACCCCGAACCUCCAGAGGUCAUUCGACCCGUCUUCUGUCUCUACACUCGUCGGAAUCCCACCGAAUGCUACCGUUUGAAGACGAACGAGACAAGGAGGCUGAAAGAAUCCCCAUUCGAUCGGACGCAUCCAGUCGCGUUGCUCAUUCACGGAUAUCUGGAUCACGGACGGAAGCCGUGGAUACUGGAAAUGAAGACAGAGCUGCUAAAGUUGCGAGACCUGAACGUGGUGGUGCUGAGCUGGCUCGGGGGAUCCGGACCGCCUUACACCCAAGCUGUGGCCAAUUCCCGGCUCGUUGGAGUCAUGGCUGCACAUUUCCUCGCCUUCCUAUCCAGGGAAGCGGGGACACGAAUUGAGGAGGUGCACGCGGUGGGUCACAGCCUGGGAUCUCACUUGGCCUCGUACAUCGGAUCCUCGGCCAAGGACAUGGGGCUCGGGAAACUGGGUCGCAUCACGGGUCUUGAUCCGGCUGAACCCCACUUCGAGUACGCGGAUCCCCGCGUGAGACUGGAUCCGGAGGAUGCCCUCUUCGUGGAUGUCAUUCACACCGACGGGGCUCCUCUCGCAACAGGAGGAUUGGGGCUGUUACAACCGGUGGGUCACGUGGAUUUCUAUCCCAAUUCGGGGACUCGCAUGCCGGGUUGCGACUUCUCUCUUCAUGAGGCCCUUGAAAGAGAAAACGGUUCCGUCGUCUAUGGUUUGACUCAGUUCUUGAGUUGCAACCACUUGAGGGCCGUCGAGUAUUUCAUCGAAUCCAUCAAUUCUCCCUGCCUUUUCCUUGCCCAUCAGUGCUCCAAUUGGGUCGAAUUCAAAUGGGGAGGGUGUGUGGACUGUGGCCAGAGGGGAGAGAAGUGUGCGAGAAUGGGAUAUCACGCAAGGGAAGCAUGGGAACCGGAUUUCUACGAAGGGGAGUCCCGGCAACUCUACCUCUUCACCGACCAACAGCAUCCAUACUGCCGUAUG